CCUGUUAGCGUAGAUCAGACCUUCCUAACAGAAGAUAACCACCACACGAGCUUCUACAAAUCACUCAUGACAGUGUUUACGUGUCUAAAGCUCACGAGAGACCAAAGGCAGGAAGAAGGGCCUCUGGGGUCCGCCUCAACAGCGCAGCCACGAGUCAUUGUAGAAAACACAUCCGCCUUCAGCACACACUCUCCUCCCUCUCUUGAAAGAAGGGUGCCACAGGAAGGGAAUCUUGCCUGUGACGGUGUUAUUGCAUGUGAUAAGACCUCAACUUUUGCUGAUGGUCACACCUGACGACCCCUUCGUGUUUACCACAGCGGUUGUUCAA